AUGAAUUCUGAUUUGGACUGUGUUCGCAGCCCUUUUGUUCAAGCCAUCUUGGUGAUUUUCUUUGUGACCUCCUCGCCUCCCUCUACCACAUCAUGGGUGGAUUUGGUGGCCUGCGUUGGUUGCUCUUUGUGGCCCUCUUUGAUGGUUACCUCCUGGUGGUCGGAGGUUCCUCCUCCUCGGAAAGAACCUGGCCAAGUGAUGAUGGUGCGCCCAUGGAGCCUCAACUACCCCUACACGAUCCUGCGCAAGACCAAGGCCCAGCCGUACGUGUACCCCCUCUUCCGCUUCCUGUACAUGAUCCGCCGCAAGGUCAUGAUGAACAACUACACCCUCCUCAAGAUGAAGUACCGGGUUCGGGAGCAGGUGAAGAAGCCAUGGGGAGAAUGGAUGAUCGUGCUAGUGAACCUGAGCCCACCCUACUUGGGGGCAGCACGGGUGAUCGUGUUCUUCUGUCUCCGGGCGCACAACCAGGAGAACCAGCACAGACUCAAGCACCUCCAGCAGGCCAGCUACACCAUCCUCUACCUGCACAACAAGAUCCUGCUGGUGACCGUGGUGUACCUUCCCUUCUACCAGACCCUGCAGUUGACCGUGGUGUUCUACCUCUACCUGUACAACCUGAUGCUGCCGUUCUACCUGGACUGCAUGAUCCUGCCGAAGACCAUGGAGCCUUUCCCCCUCUACCGCAACCUGCUGAUGGCCCUGGUGUUCUACCUCUACCUGUACAACAUCAUGAUGCUGCCUCUAUCGUUGACCCUGAUGUUCUACCUCUACAUGGAGAACCUCAUGCGGCUGCUCUACCUGGACUGCAAGAUCCUGUCGGUGACCCAGGCGCUCUGCCACUACCUGAACUACACCCACAAAGCGUUGAGCAAACCCCUCCAGUUGACGUUUGUGAUGUGGCCGCUGACCCAUAUGAUCCUCAACAAACCCUUCGACCUCGUCUACCUGCUGAACAGUCUGCUAGCAGCUCAUGUACCCAGGCUGCCGGGGAGAACCCUGGGAGUAUUCCUCUGUCGGCUUUGCACCCAAGGGAUGCUCGGAACCUACAAGAACAGGAACGACGGGGUGAGGGGCGACUUAUCUGGUCACCUGACCUUCCUGAAGAUGACCGGAGCAGCACCUCACUACCAUUGCUGGGAAUGGCGCUGGAGAACUUUGGCUUGCCAGUUGCACCUACAGGGGAUGCCACCAAUCUUGCUGCAGCACUACGUGAUGGACGAGACCUACGUAAAGCACGCCGUCGACGUGAACAAGCAGAUGAUGAGCUCUGGUGGUGGGAGAAAUGUUCCGGCGUCUUCCCACUCGUCUGUGCCAACUGGUGGGCCUGCACUCAAUGUGGAUGCUAGAUCUGGAGGCGUGGACACAAAACAACCUGAUGAUGACGCCAGUGUGGACGAGAGCGAGACGCAGGCCGUUACUGGGAUUAUGGGUGACAUUGCUGGACUGGAGGUGGAGGGCCGCUGGAUCUCCAUCAACGAUCUCCUUGCCUGGUACGCCAAUGGGGGGAGUCUGCCUUGGUUGUCAAUACAUGACCUCAUUCAGAAUGCGGCGGCGGAGUUUCGUCGUGUACAUGGAGAACAACGAGCACUUUUGAGCGCGGCGCAGCGGGCCCCUGGGGAAAUGGAGAUGCCAAACUAUGACUCCUCGGCGGCUCAAGGAAAACGAUGGCAUCGCCCGGACGGCUCCAAGAGAAGCAAUGUUGAACGCGAUGUUCGACGUCAACAGCAGGGAGACUCCACCAACGCGCCAGCUCCUGAUCAAUAUCAGCCCUCGCCUCCUCCGCCGCCUGGUGACCGCAAGGGCGACGAUGCUUUUCCUCUGGACAAAGAUGUCGAUGAUGUGAACUUGGCACAAAGUGGGAUGACCUUGCAAGGCCGUCGUCAUGUCUCUGGUGCCCUCUGGGAUGACGUUCGUGAAGUUGGGGUGGUGCUGGGGCGAGUUGCCAGGCUCCCUUCUAUUCGUGAUUACGUGCAUGCCUCGGCACAGGAAGAGGACGCGAUGUCUUUGAUGGAGAGACCGGGACUGUCGGGAGGUGAGCUUUCAGAACUGGCAGCACGCAGGAUCCCGGAGGAGCUUAUACGUCGGUUUGAGAGAAUCAUGCGCAGAUAUGAAUACUUCGUGAACAUGGAGCAAGGUCCUGAGGCCCGUUGGGCCUUGGGCCGCUGGUUGCUGGUGUCGCAGGCGGGCGCUGAAGUGCAAGAUGAUGCGGAGGUCCCGAUUCGUGCCCGUGCCCAAACGCCCUGCCACUUUCCAUUGAGGCGAGAGCCCGUGGACCCUAGUCUGCGCGCUGAACUGCUUGGUUGGACGGAUGAGAUCACGCACACCAUGGCGGAAAUUUACAGGCAAGCUGCACUUGAUGCCCAUCCUGGUGAGCUUAGGGACUUGACUACGCCGCCUACCGUGGAGCCGUUGUCAGAACCGUCGUCUUCAACCGGGAGACGUGGAGUGGACAGAUCCCGCAGUCCUAGUCGUCACCUGGAGCAGAAUGGGGAGAAUGACGUCACCAGCCUCAUGGACACUGGUAGGUUCGUUGACCUUGAGGAGGACGAUGCAGAGGAAGAGGUUCGUCGUGAACUUGACGUUGAUGAUGUGCUUUCGGAGGGAGAAAAUGUGCCUACUGCAGACGGGGAGACUCCUCUCCACUCUGGCGAUCAAGCAGCUGGGCCGUCUGCGGGACUACCUGGACUCCUUGGGCCCAUAGGACUGGAGGCUUUGGAUUCCAGUUCACAAAGGAUGGAAGACCUUGUCCAUGAGGAGCAGGCGUUUGGGGACCGAGCGUUUCAAGUGGAACAUGCAGUCCGGGGGGCGAUGCACUCGCUUUCGGCUGGCACUGCUCGAGAAGUUGUCCGCCGAAUCUUGGCUAGGGCGGAUGUUAUCGCGCAAGUGCAGUUCUGGCUUCAACGUGCUCUGCAACAGGCCUUGCGCACAUGCCCACCUGGCGAUGGUGCUAUACACUGGGAUGAUGCCAGACGUGUGGAUGAAG